CGGACACUUGGGAUCCUGGAGCUACCGGAUAGACGGGAAUGGGACCGGGAAUGGGAUUGGGAUGGGGACCGAUCCUGAGCCUGGGAAUGAGACUGAGCCUGAGCCUGAUGAUGGGAGGUCACUGGGGGACGGUGACGGCUGAUGACACAGUGCCCUGUGGGUCUCCGGUGCAGCCACGUGUGGUCGGGGGCUCAGAAGCACUUCCGGGUCAGUGGCCAUGGCAGGCGAGUGUGACCUUCCGGGGGGGUCACGUGUGCGGGGGGGCCCUCAUUGACCCCCAGUGGGUGCUGAGCGCCGGGCACUGCUUCCCAGUGGAGAACCCCCUCUCCGACUACCGGAUCUCAUUGGGCUCCAUUCAUUUACUGUCCCCUCCCCCCCACCUCCAAGUGCGGGCGGUGACGUCACUGCACCGGCCCCGUGACGUCACGGCGGGGGGCGGGGACUUGGCCCUGCUCAGGCUCCGCCCCCCCGUGACCCCCACGCGGUGGGUCAGACCCAUCUGCCUCCCGGGGCCCCAGGACCCCCCCGUGGAGGCCGGAACCAACUGCACCGUCAGCGGAUGGGGGGAUACACGUGAUGCUGUGCCGCUGCCCCCCCCCAAGCCCCUCCUCCACGCUGACGUCACUGUCCUGAGCCGCCGUCGCUGCCGCUGCCUCUAUGGGCGGGGGGAGGGGCUGAGUCCCGACAUGCUCUGCGCGGGGCACCCGAGGGGGCUGACGGAUGCGUGUCAGGGUGACUCGGGGGGGCCGCUCUCGUGCCUGCGCAGGGGUCGCUGGGUCCUCGUCGGGGUCGUGACCUCAGGGGUCACGUGUGGGGCGGGGCCUAAACCAGGGCUCUACACAGGCACCGCCCCCCACAGGGACUGGAUCCGGGUCACCGUGGGGUCAGCUGGGGGUCACGGGGUUCCACCUGCACCUUUACUGGUGUGA